AGGAGAAGAAGGAAGGGGAAAACAAGACAAACAGCCAGUGCCAGUGGAGAGGAACACAUGUCUAGGGGGUCUGGUCCCGUCAGAGCUAGUGUCCAAGAAUCCUGUUCUCUGCCUAUCCGCAAGCCCUGCAUCAGCCUGCCACUUUCCUGCUGAGGCCAUGGGCCCAUGGACCCUGCUGAUCCUGCUGGUGGCCACAGCUUGGCAUGGUCACGGGGUCCCAGUGAUAGAGCCCAGUGGCCCUGAGCUGGUGGUGGAGCCAGGCACAGCGGUGACCUUGCGAUGUAUGAGCAAUGGCAGCGUGAAGUGGGAUGGCCCCAUUUCCCCCUACUGGACUCUGGACUCUGAUGCCCCCAGAAGCAUCCUCACCACAAACAAUGCCACCUUCAUACACACGGGAACGUACCGCUGCACGGAGCCUGGAGACCCCUCGGCGGGCACUGCUACUAUCCACCUCUACGUCAAAGAUCCUGCUCGGCCCUGGAGGGUCCUGGCCGAGGAAGUGACAGUGUUGGAGGGUCAGGACGCGCUGCUGCCCUGUCUGCUCACCGACCCGGCCCUGGAGGCGGGCGUCUCGCUGGUGCGGGUGCGCGGCCGGCCUGUCUUGCGCCAAACCAGCUACUCCUUCUCGCCCUGGUAUGGCUUCACCAUCCACAAGGCCAAGUUCAUUGAGAGCCAGGACUAUGAGUGCAGUGUUCGGGUGGCCGGCAGGAUGGUGAAGUCCCUCAGCAUCCGGCUUAAAGUUCAGAAAGUCAUCCCAGGACCUCCAACCUUGACACUGGAGCCUGCAGAGCUGGUACGGAUUCAAGGAGAGACUGCCAAGAUCAUGUGCUCAGCCAGCGACGUUGAUGUCAACUUUGACGUCUUCCUUCAACGUGGAGACACAAAACUCGCAAUCUCUCAACAAUCCGACUUCCGUGACAACCGUUAUCAAAAAGUCCUCACCCUCGAACUCGAUCACGUAGUCUUCCAAGAUGCUGGCAACUACACCUGCGUGGCCACCAAUGCCCGGGGCGUCCACUCCACCUCCAUGGUCUUCCGGGUGGUAGACAGUGCCUACUUGAACUUAACCUCUGAGCAGAACCUCCUCCAAGAGGUGGCCGUGGGUGAGAAGCUCGAACUCAGAGUCAAGGUGGAGGCCUACCCAAGCCUGCAAAGUUUCAACUGGACCUAUGAGGGUCCCUUCUUUGGCUCCCAGCCCAAGCUCAACUUUGUAAUCACCAACGACACAUACAGAUACACUUCCAAGCUCACCCUGCCUCGCCUGAAGCCCUCCGAGGCCGGCCUCUACUCCUUCCAGGCUAGAAAUGCCAGAGGCGAAGAUAACCUGACCUUUGAACUCACCCUUCUUUACCCCCCGGAGGUAGAAGUCAUGUGGACCUUCACCAACGGCUCUAAAGCCCUGCUCUGUGAAGCCUCGGGGUACCCCCGGCCCAAUGUGACGUGGGUGCAGUGCAGCAGCCACACCAACAGAUGUGAUAAGACCCACGUGCUGGUCCUGGAGGAGCCGAACCCUGACGUCCUGCGCCAGGAGCCCUUCCGCAAGGUGACCGUCCAGAGCCUGCUGACCCCGGGGACCUUGGAACCCAACAGGACGUACGAGUGCAGAGCCCAGAACAGCAUGGGGAACACCUUCGCGGCCUUGGGGCCCAUCUCCGUAGGAGCUUCCACGAAGCCCCGCGAUGAGCCCCUCUUCACGCCGGUGCUGGCAGCCUGCAUGUCCAUCAUGGCCCUGCUGCUGCUGCUGCUGCUGCUGCUUUUCUACAAGUACAAGCAGAAGCCCAAGUACCAGGUACGCUGGAAGAUCAUCGAGAGUUAUGAAGGCAACAGCUACACCUUCAUCGACCCCAGCCAGCUGCCCUACAAUGAGAAGUGGGAGUUCCCCCGGAACAACCUGCAGUUUGGUAAGACCCUCGGAGCUGGCGCCUUUGGGAAGGUGGUAGAGGCCACGGCUUUUGGUCUGGGCAAGGAAGAUGCUGUCCUGAAGGUGGCCGUGAAGAUGCUGAAGUCCACGGCGCACGCUGACGAGAAGGAAGCCCUCAUGUCAGAGCUGAAGAUCAUGAGCCACCUGGGCCAGCACGAGAACAUAGUCAACCUCCUGGGAGCCUGUACCCAUGGAGGCCCUGUCCUGGUCAUCACUGAGUACUGUUGCUAUGGUGACCUGCUCAACUUUCUGCGAAGGAAGGCUGAGGCCAUGCUGGGACCCAGCCUGAGUCCAGGCCAGGACCCCGAGGCAGGCACUGGCUACAAGAACAUCCACUUGGAAAAGAAAUACAUCCGCAGGGACAGCGGCUUCUCCAGCCAGGGUGUCGACACCUACGUGGAGAUGAGACCUGUGUCCACUUCUUCGUCAAAUGACUCAUUCUCUGAGCAAGACCUGGACAAGGAGGACGGGCGGCCGCUGGAGCUGCGUGACCUGCUCCACUUCUCGAGCCAGGUGGCCCAGGGCAUGGCGUUCCUUGCUUCCAAGAAUUGCAUCCAUCGGGACGUGGCGGCCAGAAACGUGCUGCUGACCAGCGGCCACGUGGCCAAGAUUGGGGACUUCGGUCUGGCUCGGGACAUCAUGAAUGACUCCAACUACAUCGUUAAGGGCAACGCUCGCCUGCCCGUGAAGUGGAUGGCGCCAGAGAGCAUCUUCGACUGCGUCUACACUGUUCAGAGCGACGUGUGGUCCUAUGGCAUCCUGCUCUGGGAGAUCUUCUCACUCGGGCUCAACCCCUACCCUGGCAUCCUGGUGAACAGCAAGUUCUAUAAGCUGGUGAAGGACGGAUACCAAAUGGCUCAGCCCGCAUUUGCCCCAAAGAACAUAUACAGCAUCAUGCAGGCCUGCUGGGCCCUGGAGCCAACGUGCAGACCCACCUUCCAGCAGAUCUGCUCCCUCCUCCAGGAGCAGGUUCAGGCAGACAGGAGAGAGCGGGAUUAUAGCAAUUUGCCGAGCAGCGGCGGCAGCAGCAGCGAGCCAGAGGAGGAGAGCUCCAGCGAGCACCUGACCUGCUGCGAGCAGGGUGACAUCGCCCAGCCCCUGCUGCAACCCAACAACUACCAGUUCUGCUGAGGAGGGGACCACAGGGAAGUACUGCCCUCCCCGCCUCCAAGCUCGCACCUCCUCCAUGGAUGGGGCACCACGGGAAGAACAUACAGACUCUGCCCUCCGUCUUUUCCCUCAACAGCCCGGCCCAGCUCUGAAACUCAGGAACGGGACCUCUAUAGGUUGGUGAGAACCCCACUCCCAGGGCCUGGGCCAUCACUGCCAGUUGGGGACUGGGGCUGAGCCCCACCCCACCCCACCAGUUCUCAAAGCUGUGGCCUCAGCUUCACUAUGCCAACUGGGAGAACACCCAGCUCACUCUUAACCUGUUCCCACUUCUGGGAACUGCCUCCCAUCCAUCCCUCCUGUUUCAAGGGAAAUGGACUGAUUUGGUGAUUGAAGUUCCCAAGAGGAAACCAAGGUUCCCUGGGCUUUGGCAGAAUGGAAGGGACAGCCACUGAGUGGCUCGAUGAGAGCAGACAGAUGCUUAGGACUGUGCUCAGGCCCUGGGAGCAAGCUGGCUCCUCUGGAAGAACCUAACUGUCCCCCUCUGCCUCUAAGCCGUCUCUCCACAGCCCCACCCCGCCCUGGGUCUGGUACUGCUGCAAUGAGCCAGGUGGCAGCUAAAAGCUUGGAGUGUUCUGUUUGGCCCCCACCAUACUGAGGUGGGAGGCAGGGGACCUGUGUGGCUGGCCACACCAAGCAAGCAGCACCCGCUCCAGGUUGACUCAUCAUAACUAACAGUCACACUGUGGAAUGUCCCUGUCAGCAUUAAACUAACCCCAUUAACACA